AAAGAAAGCUGAGGUUGCUUAGUGUGGUGACUGUCCUUUCUUUCCCAACCAAAUGGAUUCUCUUCCUCCACUCUUUCCCUCUUCUCUAAACCACAACCAUUCCAAACCCUAAUCUCAAUUUCCAUUUCUUCUUCCCUUAAUCUUCCAUGGCCAUCCCUUCUCCUUCUCCUUCAACCUUCUCCCCUUCUGCUUCUUUCUCCUCCUCCCGAACCGACCCUUCUUCCUUCUCUCCAUUUCCCUCCAUUUCUCCUCCAAGGUUUUCCCUCUCUUCCCGUCUCAAUUCCUCCAUCUUCUCCGCCGCCGCUGGUUUCUUUGGUGCCCCGGACAACGGCGAUAUUCAGUACGAGCUUCUCCAUCACGGGUUUUCUCUGGAACGUCGAAAAACAGGCUCUGCUGUCUUCGUCACACUUCCUCUCGAUGCUGUAUCUCCUGAUGGCCAACUGCGGAGGAAGAAGGCAAUGUCGCAGUCCUUCAGGGCACUUGCGGCGGCUGGAGUUGAAGGGGUUGUCAUUGAACUUUGGUGGGGUUUGGUGGAGACGGAUGUUCCUUGUAGUUAUAAUUGGAAAGGGUAUUUGGAAAUUGUGGCUAUGGCUCGUCGGUUUGGCCUCAAAGUUCGGGCUGUGUUUACAUUCAAUCAACAUGGCUUGGGGCCCGACGAUCCUCACUGGAUUCCCCUUCCUAAAUGGGUACUUGAAGAGAUUAAUAAAGAUCCCGAUUUAGCAUAUUCUGACAGAUUUGGAAGGAGAAAUUCGGAAUAUAUUACUCUUGGAUGUGACACUCUUCCCGUUUUGCGUGGACGAUCGCCUAUCCAAGCAUAUGCAGAUUUUAUGAGAAAUUUUAGAGAUACUUUUAGACCUUAUCUUGGAGCCAUUAUAACGGGGAUUCAAGUUGGAAUGGGUCCAGCUGGUGAACUAAGGUAUCCUUCAUCCCCUUCCCAGAAGCUAGCAUGGGCAUGGCGUUCACGUGAGCUCGGAGAGUUUCAGUGUUACGAUAAGUAUAUGCUUGCCUCCUUGAAUGCUUGUGCUCAAAAUGUUGGGAUGCGUGAAUGGGGAAAUGGAGGUCCAAUUGGUGCUAGUAAUUUGAUGAACAAUCCCGAACAAACAGAAUUUUUUAAAGGCGAUGAUGGUUCUUGGAAUACUCCUUAUGGUGAAUUUUUUCUCAAAUGGUACUCAGAAAUGCUUCGUCUACAUGGGGAGAGACUAUGCAAGGAAGCUGAAACCAUUUUUAGAGGUAGUGAAGUCAAUUUGUCAGCCAAACUAGGUGGGAUUCAUUGGCAUUACGGAACAAAAUCUCACCCAUCAGAGUUGACAGCUGGAUACUACAAUACUUCGAUCCGAGACGGGUAUCUCCCAAUUGUUCGCAUGUUCGGUAGGUAUAAGUUUACCAUUUGUUGUUCAUGUUUCGAAAUGAAAGACGUGGUUGAAAAGCAAAUGAACCCUGUGAGUAGCCCAGAAGGGUUUCUUCGGCAGCUGCUGACGGCUGCUCGGGUGUGUGGCGUACCUUUGGAAGGUGAAAACUCUGCAUCGAGGUUGGAUGACGACUCGUUUCAACAGGUUGUAAAGAUGUCGAGGGUUUAUACAGAUGGGUUGGAGAAGCCCUUGUUUUCUUUCAAUUUUGUGAGGAUGGACAAGAACAUGUUCGAGUAUAGUAAUUGGGUUCGAUUUACACGUUUUGUGAGGCAGAUGUCUGAUACCUCCAAGCUUUUUCGAGCCAAGCUAGAUCCUGGAAAUAACAGAGGCCUCUCGACAGAUAUUACUGCUUCAAGAUUGGCCCUUGUAUAUCACUGAAGUUAAUGUCGCAUGAAUCAUUCAAUGGUUCCUUGAUGUAGUAUGCUCUAUAAUGUAAUAUUGUAUAAACUACCGAUCAGUCAAGAAUAUAUAAAUUAUGUAGCAA